AUGAACUAUAUGCUAGAGGAUGAGCCUUCCACAAGACCAGCCAACUUCUUAGCAGACUGGCGUCAAAUGUUCAAAGGAAGCACACAACAGCCGGCUUCAAUCUACAGUGUUCCUCUAUCUGGAGUUGUUUCGGGGGAGAACAACUACCGCAAUGAAUAUGAAGGACCCGUUUACGAGGACUUUUUAAAGGACACAAUGGUUAAACAAAAUCAUACUUCCAUGGAUGACGCCCCUCUGGGUACGCAUGGCCCACCCGAAUCUUCCCUGGGUAUGACGGCCAAACAAAAUGAAGCACCCAAAGUUCCCAUAGAUCUGGUUGAUACCCUCUCAAGGGACUUAAAUGAAAGAGCGCAGAGAAUCAGAGAUCACUUUUGGAAGCAGAACAUGCGGAAUGUUGAUAUGCAAAAAAGUCUAGAAGCCAUGGCAAAAGACUGUAACAGAAUUCAAGAGCUGGAACAAGAGCUUGCAACCCUUCAGCAAAAGCUAAACAUACUCAGUGAGGAAACAGAAGGGAAUCCCAUGGAACAGAAAUCAAAACGAGCUAGGCGAUCUGCACAGUCAAUGGGAAUGAACUAG